CGUGAGAUCAUUCAGCGCGGUCAAAGGAUCAAAUCCAGAAGGGUUCUGUCCAACAGUGGAAAUUUGUCUGGAUAGACAUGAUGGCAUCACAAGGAUGAUGGCAUCACUUGCCACCAACCCGCAGCAAGUCGAUUUGUUGUGUCUUGAAGGGCUCACCACUGUGUGUCUACUUUGGGCUGCCAUUUCAGGAACGCAUGUUGGCCUCAACAUUGAGGGGCUCGAACCCAUUCAGAACUUGGAAGGGAACCUGCCUUGCAAGUCAGCCAUGGCAGCGACCCGCUUGGGCAAGUUGAGUGCUCCGAGCAAACCGGAUGAACUGAUGAUUGAUUCAUUGGAGAUUGAUUCGGACAUCAGCUCAGAUAUUGACCGCACUGACUCCAUGUCAUCGAUUUCAGUGCCAUUUGGAUUUCCAGAGAAGGAGUCCGCUGAGUUGUUGGAUAGCUAUUUGGAUGGCCUGUCAGCGGUGGAUGCCACGGACGCAAUGGUGGAGGUCUCAUUCGACACGGAGAAUGGACGCAAGGUGGCACUGCCCAGGGACAUCAAAAGCCGCUCCGAAAGGCUUAGCCAGGGAGCCUGGCGCCAGUAUGGUUCAGAGUCCAGUCCAAGUCCCAGCAUGGUGGUGGGACUUUGAGGGCUCGCGGUGAGUACUGAGUACGGCGGAGGUGGCAGUUGAGGCUACGCACGCUUCAGCCCGUGCAAGACAUAGCAUCGUUGGCUUCUGAGGCGUCUCACAGUGGGACGACUGUCACACGCCACGAGAAUAUCGCCAGAUUGUUGGCCGCCGUGCGGUUGUAGUGGCCCAAAUAUCGGCAGCCACUGGUUGUUGAUGGAAUUUAACCGAUGCAAGGUACUUGCCCAGUUGACACCUGAAGGUGUGAUCUCCACUGAUCUCCAGCUUUUGCCCAGUUGAGGACCGACGCAAGCCGCCUCGGACUCUACACGUUUGCACCAGUUUUCAUGAGAUUUUCACUGCCUUGAGUGACUUGGUGAGCCUCCACCAACAGUGGUUGCCUUCUCCUAGUCUGCCAAGAGUCCUGACUAGCCUUUGAGAGGCAGGGCGUCUGCGAACACAUUGUGCCCUUUCCUCGUACUCAGAACGUC